AUGAGUACCCUCAGCUGGAACUGCCGUGGCUUGGGUAAUCCACGGACAGUUCAGGAACUUGUGGACAUGGUAUCCCGUAAGCAACCCGACUUUGUAUUUCUGAUGGAGACUAAAGUUGCACGUGAUCAUGCAGAGCGUUUUCGAGUUAAGAUUGGUUAUGAGGGGCUUUUCUAUGUUGAUAGUGAUGGUUUAAGCGGUGGUAUAGCGUUAUUGUGGAAAAGGAAUAGUACGGCCCGGCUGCUAAGUUACUCAACGAACUAUGUUGAUGUUGUGGUAACUAUUGCUGGUUUUCCGGAAUGGCGAAUGACAGGUUAUUAUGGUUACCCUGAACGAACAAGGCGCACUGAGUCAUGGGAUCUCUUGAGAACGUUAUCGGGUCGGUCAAACCUCCUAUGGGUUGUCAUUGGAGAUUUUAAUGAUUUACUAUAUCAGAAUGAGAAGAGAGGGGGGAAUCCGCAUCCGAAUAGCCUUCUACAUUAUUUUGGGGAGGCUAUUGAGGACUGUGGGCUUGCUCAAUUGCCUAUGAAUGGAUAUCCGUACACAUGGGAGAAGGGGAAGGGGACUGAAAACUGGAUGGAGGAGAAGCUCGAUAAGGUACUGGUAACGAAUGAGUGGCGGGGUAUAGUGACAGGGGCCAAGGUGAUGAAUCUGAGAACCCGGAAAUCUGAUCAUUCGGCUCUCUUUCUGGGGAUCCAUGAGUCUGUUGGGAGAAUGGGACCUGGUAGGAGGGGAUUCCGUUUUGAGAUGGCAUGA